AUGGGCUACAGGACAAUUGGCAAGCAGCUAGCUUUUACUCCCCCACCACUUAGCCCUGGGGUGUUUACAUUUCAACAUAACCUGAAAAUCUAUUAUAAUCAUCAUUUUUCUUGCAUUCAUUUUCUUUUUCUCCCUCCUUGUCUUUUCAGCUUUCAAAAUUCUUUCUUUUCCUUCCAUAUUUUCAUUCCUCCCAUUUUAAUCCAUUUUCAUUUUUCUCUUUCUCUCAUGUUUUCAAACUCAUUCUUUUUAUGUCUUUCAACUUCAGAUUCCCAUUUUUAUUCUCAAUCCCCCUCUUUUAUUUUCUUUCUCCUUCUUCCUCCCCAGUAUAGAAAUAAGAAGGAAGAAGGCAGCUUCAUUCUUCCAAGUUGUUACUCACUUAAGAAACUUUGUCUUCUCUCAUCACCAACUGCUGCUAUUCCCCCUCCUUUCUUUCUUUACCCAGAUAUUUAUAUUCUCCAACCCAUUUGUGAACAAAAAUGUUUACUUGAUCCUAGGACCUGUUAG